AUGUCAUACAUGGGCCAAUCUCGGCAAAUAAUUGCCUCGGCUAAUUUUGAGCAAGCUGCUAAGAACGUCCAGCCAGGCUCAAAUGUCACGGAAACCGCAGCUGUUAUGGGGGAGUGUUACCCAUAUGCCUAUUUCUGCCCACUGGAACCACUGCAAAAGAGGCAGGGAGGACGGGAUAAUUACGGCAUAAGGCUAUCCAUAGUUCGCACCUCGCAUUCCCUCGUCCUUCGUAUGGAAACCGGAGGCUUCUCCAGCUACAACCCUUCCUGGGCCAAAGCCCCGAGCCCCAGUCAGAUGACGUUUUCUCUUAUUCUCCCUGACCUGGAUCCCGAGUCACAAGAAACUUGA